AAUACUUUGUGAGGGCAGUUUUAAGUCACUUUAUAUUCCUGUCGCAUCGUCUGACCUCUUAACUCAAUUUGAGCUUGGUUCUAAUGAAGCCAAAGUCAUGCAUCCAUUCGACACACUUGGCCCUGGCCCCAGCCCCAGGCAGGUGUUUUCACAAAUGUGUGCUCAGGUAACCUGCUAUAGAGAUGACAUAGUGCGGCGGCCCCCUUCCCAAUUCCUGCCCCCCACCACCUACCACAAAUUGCACAGCCCUCCAUGAGGCCUAGACUUCAAAGGCCUAGCUCUGCAAUUCUACAUGGGUGGCCAGUUCUUUACAAAGAACAUUGCCUACCUAUGAUAGAGGAAAGACAGGAGGGGGCAACCCCUGCUGGAAAGAAAUUAGUUAGGAAAGCAAGAUAGAUACACAUAGAGGAUGAUAUUGGAUGGAAACCAGAUUCUGGUUCCAGCUCUCUCACUGGCUUCCUAUGUGACCUAAAUAGAAUCAGGACUUGGAAGGGACUUCAGAGCUCGCUAGCCAGAAUCCCUUUUAGAAUAUUCUCUCAUAGUUUCUGUAACACUCAAGGAAGUAGUUGCAGAGCCUCUGCUUGGAGACUCCUAAUAAGAAACUUUUCCCACUGGUGGCAGCCUCCUUCGCUCGAGGACUUGUUGAACUAUUUUUUCUUGGAGCGAGCUUAACUACCUGCCAGCAACAUUAUUGCCCUCGUUCUGCCCACACAUCUUCACCCAGGCUGCAUUUGGGAAAUGGAUUUUUUUUCCCAGCCCAAAUGUAAAAUUUGUCUUUCAUCCUUGUUCCUAUUAAAUUUUGGUGAACCCAGUUGUACCGAAACUCAGUCUCAAAUCAAAUUGGUUCAUCGUCUUGAUCCAUUCAGAUCUUUUUGGAUCCUGAUUCUCAUCCAACAUGUUACUAAGCCCUGCCAAUUUUGUGUCAUCUGUCCAUUUUUCAAGUGUGCUAGGUAAGCCUUCAGCCAUAGUAUCAUUUAGCAUGUAUACUGUCGUUUGAGCCCCAUACCUUUCCAUCUUGUCUGGGGAGAUAGCUUGAGUGACUUCUUCAAAUGUUUUGCUGAAAUCUAAGUGUGCUAUGUAUAUAGCACAUGGAAAUGAGGUUAGUCUGAAAAACAACUCUAAACAACUAACAACUUUUGUUAUUCUAAGCUUGCCCCAAAUCAGCAAAUAAAACCAUUUCCACCUACAUACAGGAACAGAAAAAGAGAACUGUGAAGGCAUCAAUCUCCCUUCCAUAAGCUUGAAUUUCUUCUCAAAAUUACAUAAUAAAUUCAACACAUUAGUUUCAAAGCUGUUCUGCUUAAAUUUGUCGCCUUCUAACCUCUUCCUGUUCUCUUUGAUGCACUUUUUAAAAUGCUGCGAUGGUACUCUCUCAUUUCCUCUUUUUUAUAUCGCUAUCACUAGUCCCUCUUUCCCUCCCAACCCCCCCCCCCAGUUUAAAAAAAAUAGCCAAAACAAAACCCGUAUCUUAGGAACACAGCCUAUUUUAGUGAAGCUCUGUUGGUCGUUAAUAAUCUCCUUAGAAACCAUUUUCCUAAUAUGCUCUAGAGUCUUAGCUGGAGUAAAAAUCAAGUUUGUAGAUUUGGGCCUCUUGAAAAUAAGACAAUUUGCUACUGUACUUAUCAUUCCCCAGGAUUUUAUUAAGAUUAUCGGCACUGACUCAGCUCCCACAUCUGCCUGGCUUUCAGUACUCUAGGAUGUAAUGGUUGAUUUGCUGACUGACCGAGCUCCCUUCAUGUCUCAGUAACUUUAAACAUCUCAAAUUUAUUAAUGGGAUAGUGAGGUGGUGUAAUGGAUAGAGUAUUGGGCCUUGAGUCAGGAAGACCUGAAUUCAAAUUCAACCUCAGACACUUAAUAACUGGGUGACCCCAAGCAAGCCACCCAACCUCUGUUGGCCUCAGUUUCUUCAUCUGUGAAAUGGGGAUAAUUAUAGCACCUCCCUCCUAGGGUUGUGAGGAUUAGAUGAGGUAAUUAUUGUAAAACUUUUAGCACAAUGCCUUGCACAAAGUAAAGGGUAUAUAAAUAUUAUAGCCAUCAUUAUUAUUCAUCCCUGCUGGACCUAUUUCUUCUAGUCUUUAGAAUUUCAUGCUUGAGAGCUGCCUGUCUCUUUUGAGGUAAUUUCUUCUUGAAAUAUCAUUGAAUCCUAAUCCUUUCCCUCAAUUCUUUGAAAUCUGAUGUAACACCUAGAGUACAUGACAGAUCACCCAGAUUUCAUCUUCUUGACCCUGUUACAAGUUCAAUGAGAGUGGUCAUUUGCCCUCUGCUCACUUUAUGUCCAUUCAUAGGUGUCUUACCAGGUUUUUUGGAAACUGUCCCUUUAAUAAUUUUUUUUUUUAGGGCACAGUAGUAGUAUUCAUUUACCACAAUUUAGCCAUUUCCCAAUUAAUGGGCAUUCCCUCAGUUUCUAAUCCUUUGCCAACACAAAAAGAGCUGUUAUAAAUAUUCUCACACUUAUGGGACCUUUCCCAUUUUCUUUUGAUUCUUUAGAGUAUAGACCUAGUAGAGAAAUUACUGGGUGAAAGGGUAUGCCCAGUUUUAAUAGCCUUUUGGGCCUACUUUCAGAUAGUGUUCCAGAAUGGUUGCUCUAGUUUGCAGCUUCACCAGUUGUGAAGAGUACAUUAAUGUACCUGUUUUCCCAUAUCUCUUCCAACAUUUAUCAUUUUCCUUUUUUGUGAUCUGAGCCAGUCUGACAAGGGUGAGGUGGUACUUCAGAGUUGUUUUAAUUUGAGGAAAGUACAUAUGGCAAUUGAUAGCUUUGGUUUCUGAAAACUGCCCAUUUAUGCCUUUUUACCCUUACGCAUUUGGGGAGUAGCUUUUUUUCCCUGUAAAUUUGACUCAGUUCCCCAUAUAUCUUGCUGCCAGGAGGUUUUUUUCAUUAGUCCUUUGGGAUUAUAGUGGAUUGUUGUUGAUUAGAGUUCCUAGAUCACUUCAGUGUUAUUACUGUAUAAAUUGUUUUCCUAGAUUCCUCAAAUUCCCUUCAUCAUUUCUAUUAGCACAAUAUUACAUUUACCUUGCACAGCUUGUUCAGUCAUUCCCUGAUUGAUGGGCACCCCUUCAGUUUCCAGUUUGCCACCACAAAAAGCUGCUGGAAAUAUUCUUGUACAUGUAGGUCCUUUCCCACUUUCUUUGAUCUCUUUGGGGGAGAGAAAUUAGGUCAUAGAGAAUGCCCAGUUUAAUAGCUUUUGGGCACAGUUCCAAAUUGGAAGAAUGCAUUAGGGACAGCUGGGGGCUUGGUGGAUUGAGAGUCAGGCCUAGAGACAGGAGGUACAGGGUUCAAAUGUGACCUCAGACACCUCCCAGCUGUGUGACCCUGGGCAAGUCACUUGACCCCCAUUGCCUACCCUUACCACUCUUCUGCCUUGGAGCCAAUACACAGUAUUGAUUCCAAGAUGGAAGGUAAGGGUUUAAAAAAAAAUGUAUUAUGCCUGUUUCCAUAUCACUUCUAGUAUGUGUCAUUUUCCUUUUUUGUGAUCUGAGCCAAUCUGAUGGUACCUCUGAGUUGUUUUAAUUUGCAUUUCUCUUAGCAAUAGAGAAUUUUUUAUAUAGCUAUUGAUAGUUUUUAUUUCUUCCUUUGAGAACUGCCUGUUCAUAUUCAUAGCCUUUGAAAGUUUAUCCAUUAGAGAAUGCCUUAUUCUUCUAAAUUUAUCCAUUUUACCUCCUGUGAAUUUGUCUUGUUUGGUAAUGAACUCUUCCCCUAGCCACAGAACUGACAGGUGAUGUCUUCCAGGUUCCAUCAAUUUGCUUUUGAUUUCACCUAAUUUUGAGCUUAUCUUGGUAUAUAGUAUAAGAUGUUGGUCCAUACCUAGUUUUUGCCAAACCACUUUACAGUUUUACCCAUAUUUUUUGUCGGAUGGUGAGUUUUUGUCCUAAUAGCUAGGAUCUUUGAGUUUAUCAAAUACUAGGUUACUGUGCUUGCUUCUGUAUAAUGUAUACUGUGUGUGUAUCUGUUAUCCAGAUUUGUUUCAUUUCUCCUCUCACCAAUACAUAAUCUUAAACCCUCCCCUUUGAAAUCUAGUUCUUUUCAGUAAGAGACGCCAUGUUCUGAUCCCAUCCCACCAAGUCUUAGGGGUGUUGAAUUUGUUUCUGCACAUAAAGGUUUCUGAGUUUCUUCUCUUUAUUACCAUAUCAUUGGCCUUCGUGGACUCCAUUUUCCUCUGUAAGUGGAAGCCUUUAAGAUCCUUUUCAGCACUAACAUUUUUAAAAUGAUCAAAUAUGGGGGCGGCUGGGUCGCUCAGGGGAUUGAGAGCCAAACCCAGAGAUAAGUGUUUUAUUUUUUAAAAAAUGAUCAAAUGUACAGUUUAUAUAUUAUACUUUAGCAGUUAGAUGUACUGACCACCUACACCCUCGCUGGUGAAGAUGUGGCACCCAUGCAGAGCCAGCACUCGGGGAGCUGCUCUCGCCCCCCCAGUCCAGCUGCCCAAAGCAAACACUUUCUCCCUCUGCUCUGUCCAGUAAUGUUGGGUUCACAGAGCUCGAGCUUGCAUCUUUCUCAUUGUCUUUUAUUGUCAAAUGUGUACAUUUAGUUGUCGUGGUCUAGACCGUUCUCAUCAGCAUUCUUAUUGCCCACUUUAUCUGGGAUCCCUGCUUAGCCGUGAACUGCCUAGUCGGGCUGCUGGGAUUUCUGGCUUCCCGAGGCAAUCCUGAGCCAUGAGGCAGGGCUGGGCACUGGCUUGGCUAUCACGGGACCCAAGUUCAGAUCCCAUCUUGGAUCCCCGCCACUACGUGACCCCGGGCAAGUGAUAAGGAGGCUCCCAGCCUCCCGGCUUCUGCAUAGAUCCCUCAGAUCCUACUUCCACAGGAGGCCUUUCCCUGGCCCCUCCCUCCCCUUUCUACUAUAGUCCUCUUGUAUGGAAGGACGUGGAGCUCGUCUCCCUCAUACCGUAGGAGCUUCUGAGCCGAGAGGCCUUGCCUUUGCCUUCCUUUCUCUAUCUGCUCCCUAGCCUAGUCCCUGGCACAGAGCGUCAAGAGUUACCGCUCGAUGCCUGACAUCUGCAGCUGGAAGGAGCCCCACGUCACGUCACUGCACCAUGAGGACCCCGAGGGCCGGGGACAAUACGCGGCCUUCCCUUGGUCCAGAGGCGACCCCUGGGCCUUGGGCCUCCGAACCAGGACUCUCCAGGUUGUCUUGGAGGUCCCUUCAGCCCUUUGGUUCCCAUUGCCAUCCCCAGGAGACGGGAUUUUGUUCUGAAAAAAGGCUAAUGGCCUGCGUGACAAAGCAAAGCUUCUAGCUAGUGGCUUCCGCGUCCCCAGCAGAGUUUCCCAGAGGCCCGACUUCACCCCCCGCCCGCCUUUCCUACAUGGGCCCUGUGCCUUGGUGCAGCUGCCUCCUCCCCACCCUGUUUGUUCCCGGGCCUGGCUUCCCAGUGCACUCCCCGCUCAGAUUCCCACUCGCUUUUUUUACAAAACCAGUCAAGGACAGCAUUUUGACAAAUCUGGUCAACAGCCUGAAAUGUAUAUCACUUCUAAGAAGCGAGAUACCCAGCACAAAAAUAGAACAGAAAGCCCUUUGAAAAGGCCUCCCCUCACUCAGACGGCCGGUCUCCCAGGGUCUUGAAGGGUGUGCGCAGCAUUGUCCGUUCAAGGUCGCCUCCAUCGGGAAGAGAUAGUCGUCCUUCCCUCCCUCACAAACAGUCUGCAAAGGCUUUUCUGCCACCUUCAUCUCAUAAAAGCCCCAGAUAGCCCAAGGCUCAGCCACAGCCGGCCCAAGAUGAAGGGCUCCCUUCUGGUUUUGCUCCUGUUCCUGCCAGGGAUGCUUGCUGUGCCGAGAGAAGAGCCCCCCGAGAAGAGGGGGCGAGCAGAUGCCAACCCCAGACUCCUAGCGCCUCUGCCCAAGAGCCACAGGAGGGAGAGGGUGGCCGAGUCGGGCCUUCCCGAUUCAGUCGGGGCCAAUCCUCAGGAAGGAACCGCAUCUUUAACAAGCCAAAAGGGCCGCGUGAGUGAGGUCCACCUCCCUUGGCUCUUGUUGCCCCAGAACAAUGACACCUCUGACGGAUGGACCGGGCCUAAGCCCCAUCCUUGGCCCCUGGGGGGCCUCAAAAACCCAGUGUGCUGGGUUAAAGUAGGUCGGGGUGAAGAUGGGGCCACAGGCCCCCUUCAGGUGGUGGGGGCCUUGAGUGCUUAUGAGAGGGGCUUUGUGGAAGCCCUGAGACAGGCCCGCUGGGACCGUCAAGGCCUGGCCACCUUUGGGAUCUGCCCGCCCGGAGGCCCAGGGGGCGCUCACCUUUCUCUGCAGCGCCUGGGGGCAUGGCUGGUGGAGCCAGGCGGGUGGAGUCUCGUGGUUCUGCACCUGGAAGAAGUGACCUGGGAGCCGGAGCUGAGCCUGUGGUUCCAGGAGCCCCCAUCGCUGCUGCGAGGAGCAGGUGCCCCGGAGCUGGCCCUCCUGGUGCUGUAUCCUGGGCCGGGGACUGGCGGAGUCCAGCCUGGGCAGCAGCAGUUCUGGGUCACCGGAGCCGGGCUGCCCCCUCAGCAGAGCCUCUGUCUCUCCUUGGACACCCGCUACCUGGUCCUGGCUGUGGACAGGACGGCCGGCGGCGAUGGGCUGUCCCUCGCUUUGCGGCCCCAGGGUGGAUCUGGCCCCUCUCUGGCCACUCCGGAACUCCAGGCCUUGCUCUUCGGCCUGGACCACAAGUGCUACACGAGGAUGACUCCAGUCCUACUCUUGCUACAGGGGCACAGCUUGGGAGCAAAGCCCAAACCCGGGCCUCUCCCGGCGGAGGGCCGGCUGGAUACGGCGCCGUACCCAUUGCCCAGAGCUCCUCCGCCAGCUCCUGGCCUUCUGCCCGGCGCCUACCAACAGCAGCGGAGAGCCGGCCGAGGCCCCGGCCAGCCCACUCCGGGCCCUGCUGCUCCUGAAGGCCCUGCAGAGCCUGAAGGCCGAGUGGCGAGAGCGGAGGAAGACUUCCCGGGCCCUCCGCAGCGCCAGGCUCGGAGGGGACGGUCCGUGCCGGCUGCAGGAGCUGAGUGUGGACCUGCGGGCCGAGAAGUCCGUCCUCAUCCCCGAGACUUACAUGGCCAACAACUGCCAGGGCCCCUGCCACUGGCCCCAGUCCGACCGGAGCCCCAACUACAACAACCACGUGGUGCUGCUGCUGAAGAUGCAGGAGAGGGGCGAGCCGCUGGGCCGGCCGCCCUGCUGCGUGCCCACGGCCUACGCCGGGAAGACUCUCAUCAGCCUCUCGGAAGAGGGCCUCAGUGCCCGCCUCAUGCCCAACAUGGUCGCUACAGAGUGCGGCUGCCGGUAGGGCCCCGUCCUGGUGUCCGGCGGCCGCCGAGCCCCGGGCAGCGAAGCCCGGCAGCCCGACGUGGAGCAGCGGCCUCCGCGGCCCUGCCCCAACCUCGACCUCGACUUCGCUCUGGCCAGUGGCCUUCCCCUCCCUGCCUCCAUGUGCCUGACUGCCCCUCGCCACCAUCCGUCCGGCUCCCUGCCGGCCUCCUGGGAUGGACAGCCAGGACUUCUCCCCUUCCCAGGCCCCACAGGGAAGGGGAGGCCCUGGUGGAGGGGCAGGGCAUGGCGGGGGUGCUGCCGUCGCUGGAGGGACGUGGGCCUGGGCACAGAGCGGGUCAGGCCAGCACCCAGACAGGAUCCCUGGGCCCAGGAAUGAUCCAGCCCAGCUCGGGCACCCAGAGAAGCUCCGGUCCGGGAGCCAUAUUUAUUCUGACCAACUGCAGCAUCCUCUGAUAAAGCCGGGAGAAGGGGAGGAGCCCAGGCAGAGGCCAGCAGCAGGAGAGCAGCCUCCAGCGUGCCUCCUUCCCUCGCCCACCCAGCCUCUCCUUCCUCCCCCAUCACACAAGUGGCUCUGAGGCGCCCCAGAGCCUCCCUUGAGGCCGGCGACACAUCCUUCCUUCUCCCCCACAUGCUCGUGUUCCAGGCCACGGCCCAGGGAGGAGCAGGAAGCGGCCUCAGGGCUCGGCUCAGGCGCCACAGAGGUCUGCGACGCCCAUGUACCUGGGUGCCGAGCCGCCACAAUAAAUCUGAAGCAUGGCGUUUCUUUUCA